CGUGCCAAGACAGCCUCCCGGAACCAGUGGCAGCAGCAGCAGCAGCAGCAACAGCGGGCUCGGGAUCAUCUAGCAGCAAUUCAAUUGCCCGCUUGCCAGCAACCCCAGCAGCAGCAACAGCAGCAGCAGCAGAGUCGCUGCCAGCAGCAGGGUCACCAGCAGCGAUAGCAGCAGCGGCAGCCCCCCAAGAAACAGCAGCAGCGAGCAGCCCAGCAGCAGCAGCAGCAGCAGCAGCAGCAGCGGAUUCGUGCGCAGCUCAGCUGCUGCUGCGGGGCCGGCGGGGACUGCUGCCGCAUCUAAAGGCCUCAAAGAUUAGUCCCUUAAGUCAAUUCAAUUGCUGUUUGCUGCUGCAGCAAAUUGAUGCUUUAUGGCACGCGCUGCAGCAGAAAAGGUACAAGGGGCUUCUCAAGAGGAAGCAGCAGCAGCUGCUCGCAGUUGCCAGGAGGCUUCAGGCUGACGGCGUCUCUCCGCGGCUGCUGCUGGAAGAAGGGGCUUUUGAGCGCUUCGGUUUGCUGCGGGAUUUACCCCACACGAAUUUCGUGCCUCUUUACCUGCACAGGCACUCCAAGUCUUGGCAGCCCCCUGAAGCUGCUGCUGCUGCGGCUGCUACAGCUGCUGCUGCAGCAGCAGCAGCAGCAGUUGCUGCUGCUGCUGCUGCUGGGGGAUCACCUGACAAGCAGAACGCAGCAGAACUAGCUGCGAAGGCAGCAGAGGCUAGGGCUGCGCUGCGCAGCGCGGCCAUUCAAAGGCUACAGGAGCUGGGGCUGGUGUCUGCUGAAGGCGAACUUGAGCUGAUGCAGCUGCGGGCAAUGCAAGCAGCACUGCAGCAGCAGCAGCUGCCGCGGCUGCUGUCGGUUUCGGAGCAGCAGCAGCUGCUGCAGCAGCAGCGGCUACGGCCCAAGUCCCGCUUCGCCCGAAUAAUGGCCCGGGUGACUAGCCACGCCCGUGCUGCAGCAGCAAGCAUGACGCUGCCGCUGCUGGGCCCCAAGAGCCGCAGAAAAGCAGCAGCAGCAGCAGCAACUGCUGCUGCUGCUGCUGCUGCUACCCUCGAAGACACGGAGGUCUUCACGGCUCCCUCCGAAGUGUCUAUAGGCGGCCGCAUCUGGACGCCGCCAGAGCAGCAGCAGCAGCAACAGCCGCAGCAGAAGCAGCAGCAACAGGAGAUGAAACAGCCGGCGGGACGCGCACUGGGGAGCGCAGCAAAGCGGAUGCAGAAGCGGCGGCUGCUGCAGCAACAGAUGCAGCAGCAGCAGCAGCAGGAGCAGCGGGAAAGAGAGCGGCUGCUGCAGCUAGCAGCAGAUGCAGGAGCAGUUUUUGAUACCUUGGCAAAAGCAGAUUAUCCCGACUAUAAACCCAUAACGGACUUUGCUGAACUAGAGUCGUACGUGGAAGCAGAGUACAGAAGCCACUCGCUGCAGAGAGACUUAAAGAAGUCCUUAGAGGAGUUGCUGCAGUCGCCCGCAGCCUUGCAGCUGCCGCAGCAGCAGCAGCAGCAGCGCAGAGGCAAGGCACUGGCCUUUUUAACAGCAUGGAUGCAGCUCUCGAAGCGGCGGCGCCGCCGGCUACUGCUGCAGGAGCUGCGGGAGCAGCAGCUACAGCUGCAGCAGCAGCAGCAGCCGCAGCAACAAAGGCGAAGGCGGCAGCAGCAGCAGCAGCUGGAAGCAGCAGGAGACCCUCGCCGCCUCCUCAGGGGGCUGCGCAGAAAGUUCGAGUUGGGCUUGCUGCCGCUGCAGCCACACUCUGCUGCAGCUCCUGCUGCAGCUGCUGCUGCAGCUCCUGCUGCAGCACCUGCUGCAGCUCCUGCUGCAGCUCCCGUUGCAGCACCUGCUGCAGUUCCCGCUGCAGCUCCUGCUACAGUUCCUACUGCUCCUCCUGCUGCAGGUUCUGCUGCAGCUAGCCAGCUGGCAUCAGCAGCUAACCAACAAACAGUAGCAGCCGCUAGCCAGCCAGCAGGAGCAGCAGGUAGCCAGCCAGCUGCUGCAGCUAGCUCUGCGUCUGCUACAGCUAGCCAGGCGAAAUUAGGGGCUGUGCUUCUCUCUGCAAAUGGAGGCAGCAAAUCCUUGGGAUUUGCUGCUGUGCCUUUUGCUGCUGCCUCUCCUCACGGCCCUACGCAGCUCCCGCUGCAGCAGUCGCUCUUCAGCAGCAGCAGCAGCAGCAGCAACAUGACGCGGCGGUUCGCCACCCCACAAGGGGCCUUGCCAGCGCCCUUCGUGAAACAGCUGCCCAACAGGCAUUUGCAGCAGCUGCUGCAGCUUUCCCCCAAUCCGCAGCAGCAGCAGCAGCAGCAGCAGCACGAACCAGAGGAGACUACGCAGGAGCUUGAGCCUGAGGCGGAGCCGUGGGAUGGCCGCAGGGCGCCGCCGGGCCGUUUUUGUCUUCGCCUUUUUUUUGAUAUUGGAUAUGAAGAAGAAGCAGUUGUUAAUGCCCUUGUCAAACACAUAAAGGAGCUGACCAGAGAAGACGCGAAGUCUGUUUGGCUCGGUUUGCAGCGCCGUGGGCAAAUCGAAGUUGGAAAAUUUCCUGAUCCGGUGGUAGCGUCUGCUGCAGCAGAUUUGCUGCAGGCCGAAGCAGGAGUCUACAGCGAGGUGGCUGCUCUUCCAGAUAAGAACUAA